AUGAAACCAGAGCUUUCAAAAGAUGAUGUCAAACGAAUCAGGUCAUUCUUCAGGGGGGAACCACGCCUCGUGCUGUCAGAGCAGAAUCCUGAAAAGUACCACUUGACCCAGUGUGUCUGGGCACCAAAGUCAGCGAGCCGACACAAUGCAAACGAGACUUGUCCGGAGCUUGAGUCCUUCUUUACCGACCUUUUAGGAGUUCACAAAACCGACAUUAGCGUUAUCUCAAAGCAGUCGGUUGAAGUCACGACUUCAGUUGAGCUUCCUCGCUCGUUGGGGGCGUGGCCCCUGGGUGAUCCUAGCCAUCCAGAUGCAAAACAGACUGACCCGAAGCUCGUCUACCUCGUGGGAACUAUACUCAGGGUCAAAUAUCACAAAAUUUCUGCUAUCAAGGAUAUCCUCGACGGGGAAGGUAUUGUCAACGUUGACAAACUACAAUGUUCUAUUCAUUGUACCCAGAACCAGAAUCAAAAGUCCCCUCACUUGUUCUCCGCUCAGCCGCCAUCACUAGUGUCUAGUCGUUCAACUCUAGACUCAAUCCGCACUUCGACACCAGCGCAAGUUGAUGGCCUGGCUCAGCAAGUAUGGUCGUUGAGCUUCCAAGGAAACAAAGACAACAGCACCACUGAGGACUCGGGUUGGGUAAAAUAUUUUUAA